GCCCCGCUCGCCAAUACCGCUGCCGCGGGACGCAGCGCUUCCUUUCUGCGCUCGAGCUCGUGGUGCUGGCAGCAGGCGCGCCCUCGACAUGCAGAACGACGCCGGCGAGUUCGUGGACCUGUACGUGCCGCGGAAAUGCUCCGCCAGCAACCGCAUCAUCGGCGCCAAGGACCACGCGUCCAUCCAGAUGAACGUGGCCGAGGUUGAUAAGGUGACGGGCAGGUUCAACGGCCAGUUCAAAACCUACGCUAUCUGUGGGGCCAUUCGCAGGAUGGAUACCGUGUUUUUACAGAUUGAAGAUUUGCGACAACCCUAUGUCAACCAAGUCUGUCAGCGCCAUUUUUCCAACAGUGUUUGCUCGCUUUGUCUCCAUGUCACAUUUUGGUAA